AUGGUCUUUCGCACAAGCUUCCAAGGGCAGCCUCUCGUGCUCAAAGUGGCCAAAGCCCGAGGUCCAGAGGGCAUGCGGCAGGUGGCUGCGGCAGGACAGGAGGUUGCAGACGAGUUCGGCGUUCUCACUGCGAUCGGGCAGCACCCGAAUGUCGUUCGGGCGUUCGCCGUUCUCACCAGCUCUCUUGGUCGGUCGGCCUUGCUGCUGGAGGCAGCGACCGAGAGCCUGCGAGCCGCCACUCAGAGGCUCAAAGCUGACCGAAACACCUGGCCGGUCAACCGCAAGUCGCUUCUGCCCUUGUUUCAGCAGUUCCUCCUCGGCCUCUCCUACGUGCACGGCCGUUCGUUUUUGCACCUCGAUAUCAAGCCAGACAACAUCCUGGUCUUUGACGGUGUUCGAGCUGCCGUCGCCGACUUCGGACUCGCCCAGAAGCUGCUCAAGGAUGGCUGUUCGGUCAUCGGCAGCCGGGCCUACAGCGAGGCCUUUCGGUGCCCGGAGUGCCUCCUUGCAGGCGACAGCCAGGUUCGAGUCACGUUCGCGGCAGACGUGUGGGCGGCGGCCGUGACCUUUUUCGAGACUUUCUGCCCGCCGAACACGUCGCUCUGGAGAGUCUCACCGCAGACGUUCGUGCGGUCCACGGAGGAGGCUACUGCCAGGUCUGUUCGCAGCAUGGCUACUGAGCUUUCUGCCAAAGUGAUGCCGUACGACAAAAUCGUCCUGGAGGUCCUCGAGAGGUCGUUCGUGCCGGCUAAGCAGAGGCUGUCUCUUGCCACCUUCCUGGGUCUGACGGAGAAGCCGGUC